AUGGGCUGCGAGCGCUGGGGGCGGCGGGGGUACUCUGGGAGUGGCGGUUGUUUCAAGAUGGCGGAUGUGGCCGCUGGGCCCGGAGGAGCCGUUUACUGGAGCAGGGACAUUUCUGAUGAAGAACAGCCAGUGGUGUAUGUGCCAGGAAUUUCUGCCGAAGGAAAUUUAAGAACAAGACAUGUGGUAAAGGGUCGAAAAAGCGAAGCUAAGCUGAAGGUCCCUGGAGCUGCUCCUUCUGUUUCCAUGGAUCCAUUUAAAAGCACAGGAGACCCAACAGGGCAGCAGGUCACUAAUGAAGGCGGAGUGAAGAGUGCUUCUUUAAAGGAUUUAUGUCCCGAGGACAAGAGACGCAUUGCCAACUUAAUUAAAGAACUUGCCAGGGUAAGUGAGGAAAAGGAAGAGACAGAGGAGCGACUGAGAGCAGAACAGGAGUCAUUUGAGAAGAAGAUCAGACAGCUAGAGGAGCAGAAUGAACUUAUCAUCAAGGAAAGGGAAGCUCUGCAGCAGCAAUACAGAGAAUGCCAGGAACUCCUGAGCCUAUAUCAGAAGUAUCUAUCUGAACAGCAAGAAAAGCUGACUGUCUCUCUCUCAGAGCUUGGUGCUGCCAAGCUGAAGGAGCAGCAGGUGUCCAACAAGAAGAGUCCAUGCCAGCUACCACCUUUGGAACUGGAUGGUUCUUAUUUAAGUAUAGUUAGACCACAAACAUUAUACAAGAACAAUAAAGCAUCACAGUCUGGAAGUCCAGCCCUGUUUUCAGUACCUCCGCACUGUAGAAAUAAUCAUGCUCAUGGGACCACAACCCACUACAACCAACAGGAGGUUCUGAAUGAAUGUCCAGUGGAAAAUGGCUUGCACAGAAAAUGUAACAAUAUGAUGCUGUCAGCAAAGGAAAGGGACCCAUACCACACACAAAUGGCUCCUGAUGUGGGCCAAAGAAUGAGUGAAUUUCAGAACACUUGUCCUCACCAAAUGAGUCAUUGGGCUUGUAUGCAGCCAGGAAGCUUGGAGAACAUUCAGGAUAGCCAAAAGGUCAGCCAUGUACCCAAAAGACAUUCUGGGCCGCUUCAUGAAACCUGUGAUUACUCUAGGCUUUCUCGAGUUUCUGGGAUGAAUGACAGUGUGGACUCUGGAUCAAAAGAAACAGAGCGUAGUAAAAGGCUGUCUGAGGAAAGAAGACAGCAGCUUCUGCUGCAGAAAAUGGAGCUGGAAGUUGAAAAGGAACGUCUCCAGCAAUUGCUUGCUAAACAGGAAGCAAAACUACUUCUGAAGCAGCAACAGCUACACCAAUCCAGGCUGGAUUACAGUAGAUUUAAGGGCCAAGUUUUUGAUUCAGAAGUGGUCACUGAUGAAGCACCAGGCGGGCCAGGAGGACCAACCCUUAUGACGAAUGGCACUGGCAUGGGGCUAAGCUUUCCAGUGUCUAAGUAUGAAGAUUGCCUUCCCAAAACACCGGCACUAGGCAAAGCGUCCAAAACACCAGGGAGCAGUGGAGGGAGCAGCUUGGGAAGGAGAACAGUUGGCUUUAGUGAAAACGUGGAAGAAGGAGCCAUGUGGAUGCAUGGAAAGAAGGAAACCGGCAGGUCUAGAAGAGGGACAGCGUCAGGAUCUAGAAAGGAUGCAGCUACAUCUCCUGGACUGACAGGCAGCAGAAAAAAGCUUGUAACCACAGCCACAUCACCAAUCCAGCAUGACACAUCACGGUAUGAGGCCUCCCUUAUUGAGUUGGUUGAAGCAAUGAGUCCAGUCGCUGCCCCAGGACACCACUCCGGAGAGGCUUACGACUGGAAGAAACCCCACGCCCCUCGGAAUGGGAGCCCCAGAAAACCUGCACGGUGCCAAGCCCCGCAUGGUACCCGAUGCGAAAUGGAGGAGCUUGAGGAGAGCCGGAUCCUGGAGGAUAUUUUCUUCAUUUGA